UCAAGGACUUCGCUUCUCCGUCCUCGCUUUGCGCCCAUCGCAUAUAAGUACAGUACUGUCUGCUGGGCCUUCUUCCCAUCCGGGCUGCCGCCGGUGCACACCUGCUCCCCUUCGAUUGCCUGGUGAACGCCCUCGGACUGGUUUCAAAAGAAAGGAGCAUCGGAGCGGGCUCCAGCUGCUGAUCAUGAGGGAGAAAGCUAAGGCGCGGAAAGGAGGCUUGGAUCCUUCGCUUUGAACCACAAGCUGUCUUGUGCAUCUGACGCCACAGGAGACAUGGAUGUUGCCUAAAUAAACUCUACCCUUGAUCUGAUGCUAUGCCUGCCCUGUGCCAUUGGCUUGAGGCCUGUUAGGAACAAGGGAUGGCUCUGUGUUGAGGAUUUCUGCUUAUGUGGGAGUGAGUAAGUUUAAUAAAUAAACAGGCAAGCCCAAACUUGAACUUGAGAGUAGAGUUGGGGAAGUAAUGGAUGACUUCACCACCCGGACAUACGGGACCAGAGGACUGGACAACAGGCCCCUCUUUGGAGAGACCUCGCCAAGGGACAGAGUGAUCAAUUUAGCUGUUGGCAGUGUAACAUCCUUGCUGCUUAUAGUCACUCUGAUUAGUGCUUUUGUCUUUCCUCAACUACCUCCAAAACCGGUGAAUAUAUUUUUUGCUUUCUGCAUCUCCUUGUGUAGUGUUUCGGCUGGCAUUCUUAUCUACUGGUAUCGACAAGGAGAUUUAGAGCCAAAAUUUAGGAAUCUCAUUUACUACAGUUUGUUCUCGAUUAUUAUGUUAUGUAUAUGUGCCAAUCUCUACUUCCAUGAAGUGGGGAAAUGACCAUUGUGUAGCAUAUCUUAGAAGAUGUCAAGAUAGUCCAGGACGCUGCUGGAGUCAAGUGUUUUCAGGAUGGAGAACAGAUUCCCAAAUGGCAAAGACUUCAGUAAGGGAAGUGUCAAACGGUUACCUGAGAUUUCACCAAGAUGUGGAUUUUCACACACCUCACAAUCACUUGCAGUGGGGUUGAAGUAUUGCCAUAUAACAUCUCUGCUUUUUGGGGGGGGGAGAGGGCAGCUACUAGUGCACUUAAUGAACAUUCCAGCUGUGCACACUCGUUUCUUCAGAAUGGCAUGAGCUUUUUCCUUUUGGGAAAAAAUGUAUUUUUUAUUACACUGUACAAAAACUGCAGCACUGCAAAUGCCUGUACUACAGUAUAAAUAAAAAGGCAUCCUACUGCUACAGAAGACAAAUAGGUUCUUGCUUGUAUGGAACUGAACACUGUUUUUUUCUGUUCUCUCUCCUAAGUGACUGUUUUGUUAACUACAAAUCCAUUUUCACAUGAACAAAGCCACAGACCGAAGACAAAACUGACUUUUGAGAAAGCUAAUUACAGCAAUAAAUAUUAUCCUCUUUUUACAUA